AUUAAGUUUAUGAGUGACGAUUCAGAAAGCCUUGAAUUUCCAAAUACCCCUUUUUAUAGUUUUGUAUUUUAAUAGUUUAUAAAAAAACUUAGAAUAUCUCAGUGGGAUUAACAUUAUCAUUAACAAAAUUAUGUGCAAGCAAAUGUAGAUUAUUCAAACCAGAUUUGGGUGUAAAAUUAAAUGAUAAUGAUGUUCAAUGCAUUUGUAAUAAACAUAUAUUAUAAAUAUAUAUAAGAAAAUUGUGCUGCAGCCAUAAAUAAUAAUUAUUCCACAUUUUCAAGUUAAUUAAAAGAGUCUAUAAAUUUCGAAGAUUCAUUAGGAGCUUUCGAAUAAGAAGAGUGAGACAUUUAAAAUAUAAUCA